UGUUAUUUUUGUCUCUGAUAAAAUAAAUGUCUGGUUAAUGGAUGUCCUGCUUUAAGGCCAGUGAACACGACAUGUUCUUUACGUGUAGAAAAGGCGAUACGUCACUCCAAGAUGACACCGUAACUUCUAUAAAUCAGAAAAGAACACCAUCUUCUUCCGUUUCUACUGAACGAGCCAGUUUUUUGUCCACAGUCACCCUAUCUCGUCUUCUCUCCAAGGGACCAUCUCAAAAGUCGCGCGCCCUCCUGUUCGCCGUAGCCAUCCUCCUUGUGACGAUCACGUGUCUCGUGUUCCUCCUGGGGGUCCGAAUCAUUCGAGGAGAGGAAGAUCGGGGGCAACUGGGAAAGAUACUCCACAAAAUGCUUGACACCUUGUCACAUGGACACUCAAACACAUCCGACACAUUUGUUCUUCGUAAUACUACCACCAUUAAUGCAUUAUAAUAACGAAAUUCAACUGGUUCUUCCAAUGCUUUAGUUAACAUUUAAUGUAGAGCACCUUCAGCAACAAAAACAA